UUUUGGCUCAGCGCAAAAACGUCCACUUAGUGCGCAAAAUUUUGACUCAGUUUGACACCUUAGCGAGCCGAGCGCUCGGAGUUAAAAGCGGCGUGCUCUACUCAAGCGAAAAACUAAUCGGUCGGCAAAUCGCGCAAAUUAGCAGCAAAAUUAGUCGGCAAAUCAAACAACCGGUUGAACUGAUUAAUAAACUUGACGCGGAGUUAAUCGGCGGGGUCAAAGUGGUGAUUGAAGACCAGGCGAUUGACGACUCAGUCAGCGCCCGCCUAGAAGCGCUUCGCACGCGCUUGACUUUGAAAGGAAUUCUCCCAGAUGGCAACUAGAGCAUCGGACUUAGCGGCGAUCCUUAGGCCGCAAAUUGAAAAAUUUACCCACCAAAUUAGCCCGCAAGAAAGCGGGUACGUCCUCAAGAUUGGCGACGGGAUUGCGACUGUCUCCGGUCUUGACAAAGUCAUGCUUGGUGAACUGUUGAGUUUUGGCAAAGAUCUUUACGGCAUGGCACUGAGUCUUGAAGAAGACGCGGUUGGAGUCGUUUUAAUGGGACCAGCGCGGCAUGUGAAAGAGGGCGACGUAGUCAAACGCACUAAACAAGUUAUUUCGGUCGGAGUCGGCGAUGCUUUGCUCGGCCGCGUGGUCAACGCGCUUGGCCAGCCGAUCGACGAUCAAAAAGCUUUUAAAACCACUGCGCGCCGGGAAAUUUUUCAAAUUGCUCCCGGGGUUAUGACGCGUCAGGAAGUUAACGAGCCGGUCGAAACGGGUAUUUUGGCGAUCGACUCGAUGAUUCCGAUCGGCAAAGGUCAGCGCGAGUUAAUCAUUGGCGACCGCCAAACUGGUAAAACCGCCGUUGCGAUCGACACGAUCAUUAACCAGCGCGGCAAAGAUGUUUACUGCGUUUACGUAGCGAUCGGUCAAAAAAGCUCCACGAUUGCCCAAAUCGUCGGUAAACUUAAGCGCUACAAAGCGCUUGAGUACACGACCGUUGUUGACGCUAGCGCCAGCGAUCCGGCGCCGCUCCAAUACAUUGCUCCCUACACGGGAGUCACGAUUGCCGAAGCUUGGCGCGAAAAAGGGAAGGACGUUUUGAUCGUUUACGAUGAUCUCUCUAAGCACGCGGUUGCUUACCGGACUUUGUCGCUCUUACUGCGGCGUCCACCGGGUCGCGAAGCUUACCCCGGCGACGUUUUUUACCUCCACUCCCAACUCCUAGAGCGGGCUGCUAAAAUUAACCCCGAGCACGGCGGCGGUUCAAUCACCGCUUUGCCAAUCAUCGAAACUCAGGCCGGCGACAUUUCAGCCUACAUUCCGACCAACGUGAUUUCGAUUACCGACGGACAAAUUUUCAUGUUGACCAGUCUUUUCAACUUGGGUCAGCGCCCCGCCGUGGACGUCGGUUACUCGGUUUCACGGGUUGGGUCGGCCGCCCAAAUUAAGGCGAUUAAACAAGUGGCAGGCUCGCUGAAACUUGAACUCGCCCAGUACAACGAAAUGGUUGACUUUGCCCAGUUUGGUUCCGAUCUUGACCAGAGUACUAAGCGGGUUUUGAGCCACGGUAAAAAAGUGCUGGAACUGAUGAAACAACACCAGUACGCGCCGAUUGACCAAAUUGACCAAGCCAUUUUGCUCUUGGCUAUCAAAGAAAAGUUAACCAAUCCUUUGCCAGUUGAGCAAGUUAGCCAGUUUAAAGACGAACUUCUGCGCUACUUUAGCCGCGAAUCAGUCGCCAAAAAACUGCGCUACCAACUUAGCCAGUCGAAAGCCUUUAGCCCCGAGCUUUACGAGCAAAUUAGGUGGGAAGUUUACCGCUUUGUCAAAACUUUCCUAAAAACGAUUAAAAACUACGUUGCCGACGAGCACGACCCAAUGCCAAAAAUAGAGGAGCCAGUUUCAAAGACCAAUGCCGUCACUCCAAGAAAUAAAAAGUCGCAUAAAUAG